AUGGCCAUUCUGCUUCUCCCUCUUUUCGCCCUGCUGGCGGUAGCACGGGCGACAGUCGUGUACUACCCGCCCGUCCAGAGCAACACCAACAACCUCACGUUUGCGCUCAACGGCACUGGGGCGCCAGGAAUUUACACCAGCUCAGUUACGCCCGACAAGGACUAUGGCGUGUAUAAUUGGUGUGCAAUGCCCCACGUGCGGCCGAGGGAGUACAAAAUGCUGCCACGGGAAUAUACCCUCGAAUACGUGGAGGUCAUCCAGCGGCACCACAAGCGCACGCCUUACGCGUCCAAUACGUUCUUCAAGGAGGAUGUCGCGUGGAGCUGUGUAGGGGAGGGGCCUGUCUUCUACGGGAAAGGGCCAAGCGGCGUCAGCUCUGAUGUAACCGAAAUCCAAUGGCAAGCAUUCAGGACCAGCCAAAAUCCAUGGGUCAACACAGUCGGACCCGGCUUUGUGAACACGACUUGCCAAUUGCCACAAAUCACAACAGAAGGGCUUGAGGACAGCCAUGUCCACGGUUCAGAUCUUCGCGCCGUCUACGCAAAACGAUUAGGACUGAGCGACCGUCUCGAUGCAUCGCUUGCUCAAAUCCGGGUAACCAACAAUGUGAUUACCUCUCAAGUCGCUGGUGCACUUGUCAAGGGGCUGUUUCCUGCAACAAAGAACACGGCAGUGUUGGUCCAGUCGUCGACGUACGACUCGCUCGAGCCAACCUACUCGUGUCCCAAGGCGGAUGCCAUUCGAAGCGCGUAUGUCGGUGGGAGCGCAAAUUGGACAAAUCACCUGACCGCGGCCGCGGCGCUGUAUGCGAAACUCGAUGCUGUUUCUGGCACUUCUAAUCCCGAUACCGGAGGCUGGCACAACUCGUUUGACCAUUACUACGAUAACCUCUCCGCAAAAUUGUGCCACGGCAAGAAACUCCCCUGCAGCGUCAACGACACGUCUCUCUGUGUUACACGCGACGAGGCCAACACCGUAUUCAGACUUGGGAAUUGGGAGUACUCUUAUUAUUUCCGGGAUGCACCCAACUCGGCGCAAUAUGCCGCACUGCAUUAUGGCGCGUGGUUCCUGGAGUUGAAGAGCCACCUCCAGGCAGUCCAAGCCGGGCAAAGCAAGACAAAAUAUUUUCACAACGUCGCACAUGACGGCUCCGUGUCAUCCGUGCUGGGCUUCCUGCAGAUCGCGAAGAUGGUGUGGCCGGGAAUGGGGUCGGAGGUGGUCUUUGAGCUGUACAGCAAGAAGAACAAGUCGUUCUUCGUCAGGGUGCUGUGGGGUGGACAGCCGAUGCAGACCUCGACACCAUUGGGGACCUUGGAUUUGGUGCCUGUCGAGACAUUCUUCCAAUAUAUUGACUCAAUGACGGGGUCGGGCGAGGAGCUGUUGGCAGCAUGUAGAUCGUAG